AUGCACCAUAGAUUUUUAUUUUCACGAAACAGACUCCAGAGGUUUGUGGACUUCCAGACAGCAGCUGGCACCGGGCAGAGGCACAGACUAUGGCCUGAGCUGCUGGCGACUGCCUCGCGCUUGGCCGUGCGUCCCUGGCUGCGCUGGCCAGCACCGCAGCCCGAGAGCUUCCCAUUCCGAGCAGGAGGGGCUGUUCCUCCUUAUAUUUGGGGGAAAGGAGCUGCGCUCCGGAGGGGCUGGGGCGGGAGGGCGGCGAGCGCGUUUCCAUGGCACCGGGGCUGCGGGGGCUGCGGGUCCGCUGGGCUCACUCGGUUUCAGUCGCUCCCGGCGGAGCAAGGGGCAUGCAGCUCAGCGGCCACCGAGCCUCUGGGGCUCGCUCGGCCGCUCCUCUCGCACUCCCAGCCGCCUCUGACGCCUGUCGGGGCCAAGCUACUGCCGUUCCCGCCGCAGACAGACGCACCGCGCCAGCCUCGCGAGCCCCGCACCAACUUCUGCCCGACGAGCCCAACUUCUGCGCCGGGUUCGGACUUGCGGAGCCGGAACGGCGCGCCGCGCGCAGCCAGGGCGGCGGCCAGGGCGGAUCAGCCUAGCCGAGAUGUCCUCGCGACUGUGCUUCUGCGUCUGGGAGGUUGCCGUCUGGCCGCCAGGAAGCGCCCUACAGCUCCGGUUGGGCAUGUAAGUGGCGCCGGCGCGCUCCGGAACGCUUGGAGAGAGCAGACAACAGUGUGCCCCGCCCCACCCCGGACCUGGCGCGGACACCGCGGGCCGAGCCCGGGAAGGGAUCGGGGGCAGGAGGUGCAGGGAGACACCUGCGGGGGCUGCGGGCUGUCCCGGGCGGAGCGAGGCGGAACGCAGUCCCCAACGCGUCCUUGGGGAGCGCCAGCCCGGGAGCGGAAACCGCGACCGGGGCUGGUGUCCACCGGGCCAAGUGUUUGUGAAGAACAGCAAGUGACUGUGGUUGAACUUGCACACCCAUAUGUUCAGGCAUUCACGGACAUUGCCAAACUCUGGAGACAAGGCUGUACUGGCUCAAGUUGGUGUGUGAGCUAUGAAAGAAGGUCCUCUUUUCCAUCUUUUCAUUCCUGUGGAUCUGUCCUGCAGCCUUUCCAUGCUAUCUUCAGGCUCAUCUGUUUUCUGAAGAUGGGGAAAAGCCCUUUGGACAAGAUCCAUAUGAAAAGAAAUACUAAGAGCAAUUUUCCGGCCAAAGGACAUUAUUCCAGAAAGAAGCACAGAAAUGAAGGAAGCAAUAAAGAAUGCCAGAAAAGAUGUAAAUGAAUGUACCAUUGACAAUGGUGGCUGUCAAGAUCGAUGCUGUAAUACAGUUGGCAGCUAUUACUGCAAAUGUCAAGCUGACCAGAAGCUGGAGGAAGAUGGCAAAGGAUGUGAAGGUAACAGUUAAGACUGUCUGCUUACUGAUAAGAAAAGAGAGAACAUCUAUGUAAUGCAAAAGAGGAGGUUUGUCUUUUAUCCAGAGCCAGUUGAAGUGCCUGUGUUGAAUGUUGUCGAGAGCACAGAUCUUCCUCUCAUGUCUAGAUUACAAUAUUGUAACCCUAAGAACAUUUCAAGUAGCUUAUGAUGGGAAACAUAUGAUUAUACGCUGGUUUGGUUGUGUCACGUUCUGAUUAUGGAAUUUCAAUCAUUCAUUUAAAUCCCUGAGUAAAGUACGUAUUUUUUAAAGCAUUUCAUUUAAUUCUGAAGUAAAAAUGAUACUUAUAAAAUACUCAUAUGUUGCUACAAUGCAAAUGGAGGGGCACAAAACUAACCACAGGAAUAAUAUUCUUGGUAUAGAAUUAGCUUUUUGCACACCUCAAUUUUCUGUUUCCUUUUAAAAUUAAUUCUUUCCUUUAUUUAUUUAUUAAUUCAGCAUUUUAUUCAUUUGACAAUCAUUGAGUUCCUGCUCUGUAUCAGGCAUUAUUCCAUGCUCUGGAGAUAUAAAAAUUAAUGAGAAAUAAAUUAUGUCCUGAAGGAGCUCACUGAUUAGAAGCAAAGAUUGAAACAUAAGCCCAAGCCUUACAAAGUGGUGUUUUAAGGCAUUAUAGCAUGCGGGUAAGUGCACUGGAUUCAAAGACACGUGUGUUUGAGACCUAGCUCUGUCACUUAUGAGUUGUGUUAACAUGGGCAAGUUAUUUUAUUUUGCUAAGACUCUUCCUUCAUUGGUAAUAUUUAGAAUAAUGGUGGUGUCUAAACCACAAAAGUUGCUGUGAGAAUUAAAUAAGAUAAUGCAUCUAAAGCACUUAGCAUAAAGGGUGGUGCUCAAAUGAUAACUAUAAGUGGUACUCUCAUUUAUGAACUUAGUUGCUGCCUAUAUUGGGAAUGUAAUAGGGGACAGAGAUUGCUUCCUUCUCUUAAUUUCUGAAAGGGAACAUAAUAGAUUAAAAGAAUCACUAUUACCAUGCCUUAUAACUGUCCUUUCUGAAUUUUUUCUAUCUGGCCAUAUUACUAAAAUGCCUGAAAAUUUUAUAUAGUCAGGCAUCUUUGUUUGUUUUAAGAUGACAGUUGAAAGGCAUUUAUUCUAAUGUUCUAUCAUUGAUCUUAAAAAAUUACAUUCUUUUUUUUCUCUUAACAAAGUUAGUUCCUGAUGGGGCAUAUAGGAAUAAGUUGGUAAGAGAAAACAAAACAAACAAAAAAUAUCCCCACUGAAGACACCUAAGGUUAGGGCUGUAGGUUUCAUUGAGACUACCAAAGGCAAGACAAAAUUGUAGGUGUGAAUAGGUUGGAAAAUGUGUCAGUUUCACUUUAUCAUUCCCUCCCAGCAGGGCUUGUGCAGGCAGCAAUAGGAAGGGCUGGAGAGGCAGAAGAUGUUUUUUGUUUGUUUGUUUAUUUGUUUGUUUUUCUUUUUAUUAUUAUUAUACUUU